AUGUCCACCAUCAGGACCAGUAGAGACCGAGUCUGGUCACGACGAGAGAUCGAAGGUCUUAUUGCAGAAGGAAGGAAGAUCAUAAUCCUCGAUGGACAGGUGAUCAAGGCCGAUGCAUGGCUCCCUUACCACCCUGGAGGUGACAAGUCGAUCUUGCACAUGGUGGGAAGAGACGGCACAGAUGAGAUCCGGGCACUACAUUCUCCAGACGCGCAGGCGCACAUGCAGAAGUUCGCCAUCGGCAGAGUUGAGGGCAGAUGGAACAAUUUCUUACCACCCAUACAAGGGGGACGGUUCAGGCGGUGUGUUGAGGAGGCCAAACAGACAGAAGAACAGGAAGAUGUCGGGUCAGACGUGCAGACAGACGGAGCGUUAAGUUCUUCGAGCAGCAACAGUUCGGCACCUCCAUCACCAAUAUUCGACCCGGUGGACGCCAAAGAACCAGAGACCCCCUGUGCUACUCCGCUGUCAGACGAUGACUCGCGAACCGAUGCUAUCCAAAGAAAGCUCUCUGCGGAAAGGACCUCGGACAUACUCAAAUACCCAGCCCUCGAUCAUAUAUCCCAGGACGAGAUCGUGGCAAAAUACCGGGCCCUGGACGUUCGAAUGCGUGCCGCUGGCCUCUACAACUGCCCAUAUGGAGCCUACGGCGUCGAAUGCUGCCGCUAUGUCCUCCUCUUCGCCUCCUUCCUCAUUGCCCUUCGAUACUCGUACUAUGCCCUGGCGGGCGCCUUCUUGGGUGUGUUCUGGCACCAACUGGUCUUCACCGCGCACGACGCAGGCCACAUGGGCAUCACGCACAACUUCCACGUCGACACAUGCAUUGGCAUUUUCAUCGCCGACUUCCUCGGCGGUCUCUCCAUCGGCUGGUGGAAGCGCAACCACAACGUGCACCACAUCGUGACCAACUCGCCCGAACACGACCCGGACAUCGAACACAUGCCCUUCUUCGCCAUCUCGACCCGUUUCUUCACCUCCCUCCGCUCCACGUACUAUGAUCGCGUCAUGCAAUUCGACGCCCUCGCAAGGUGGGCCAUCUCCAAACAACACUGGCUGUACUACCCGCUCCUGACCUUCGGGCGGUUCAACCUGUACCGCCUCUCCUGGGAAUAUCUCUUCCUGGGCCAAGCCCCGAAAAAGGGCCCCGCCUGGUGGCACCGCUACCUUGAGAUCUUGGGGCAUGUGGCAUUUUGGACCUGGUUUGGGUAUCUCGUCGUGUACAGAUCCAUCCCCACGGCGUGGGACCGGUUCGUCUUCAUCAUGGUCUCCCACAUGAUCACCGCGCCGCUGCACGUCCAGAUCACGCUCUCGCACUUUGCAAUGUCGACCGCGGACAUGGGCGUGCACGAGUCGUUCCCCCAGAAAAUGCUUCGCACCACCAUGGACGUCGACUGUCCCACGUGGCUGGACUUUGUGCACGGCGGGCUGCAGUUCCAGGCCGUGCACCAUUUGUUCCCGCGCAUUCCGCGGCAUAAUUUGAGGAGGGCGCAGGUCCAUGUGCGAGAGUUCUGUCGAGAGACGGGCAUUCCGUACGCGAUCUACGGCUUCGCUAGGGGGAAUGGUGAGGUGAUUGGGCGGCUUGCGGACGUGGCGGCGCAGGCGCGUGUGUUUGAUGAAUGUAGGAGGGUGGUUGCCCGGCAGGUGGUCGAGGGUAAGGAGAAGGUGAUAUAG